AUGGACUACGAGAAUAAUAAGUCAUCGUCGUCAGUUGACUUUGCACUCGCCACGUCGUCUGGAGCAGUUUCGUCUCUUGUGGCGACGUCUUCAGCUUCGUCGGCAGUGGCGGCAGCGACCUCAUCAGCGACGGCUCCGUUCACCGCAUACAAUGCGACACCUACAGCCAACUACUACAAAGACUACAACACAUCCGCAUCGACUGGCUACCCAAUGUUCCUCAACUAUCCCUACACAACAACCACAGUUGCCGCUGGAAACGAUAUGGAUUUUACGAAUCAGGACACGAUGAUGCAUAGCGGAGUUUUUGGAGUAGGAGCUCAAAACCCAAACUACUUCAACCCGUCGAUCUAUCAGUACGGCUACGACUCCCUUGCCGCUGCCACAUCAGCCAGUGGGAUCACUGUCAACAACCAGGUCAAUGUGAGCAUUGUCCAAGGAAGUCUGCCCGGCACUGGAAGUAUCGUAUCGACGUCGUCACAAAUCCAACCAUCAGCUACUCUUUUGCCACGUGGAGCACAAGGAUUGACGCCGACUGGAAUCAAUGGAUGUUCGACGUCAUCUGGAUCAUCUUCCGCGUCGAGCUCAUCAGCCAAUUCCACAUCCACACCCAAGACCAUCGGUGUGCCGAAACCAAACAGGAGUGCAGGAGCGAACAUGGGCGCCGGUACCGAGGAUCGUGAGUGUGUCAACUGUGGAGUCCACGCCACACCACUCUGGCGUCGCGACGGAUCUGGAAACUACCUGUGCAACGCUUGUGGCCUAUAUUUCAAGAUGAACCAUCAGGCUCGUCCGCUGGUGAAGCCGAAAAAGAGACAGCAGAACGCGCAAAAACGGACUGGCAUCGAGUGUGUGAAUUGUCACACGAACAACACGACACUCUGGAGACGAAAUGGAGAAGGGCAUCCGGUGUGCAAUGCGUGUGGCCUCUACUAUAAGCUUCAUAAGGUCGAGCGUCCGAUGGCAAUGAAAAAGGAGGGAAUCCAGACCCGAAACCGUAAGCUCUCAUCAAAAGGACAACGUCGUAUCAAGAAGGAAAAUGGAGACACGACGCCAACCCUUGGAAUGUCCACUGCCUCGUCUAGCCACACAUCUGGAAUCGAGCUGAUCGAUCCAACAUCAGUUUGGGGUGUUAAGAGAGAGACCCUGCCGCCAAUGUUGAUGACCACACCUGCCACGUAUUCUUUCCCUGGAUCGAAUUUCGAUUGGAACAGCUCCUCGUUUGUAGAUCAGUUCCAACCUGUGAUGGUUGACUUUGGAGGACAGCUAUCGAAAAAUUUGAGCUAG